UAACGAGGGACCCAGUAUGGGUAAUUUAUAUUGUCCGAAUAGUAAUAAUUGGACCAUUAGUCGUCAGGUACCUCAAUAUCCUAACGUAGGCAUCCCAGAUAGUUUCACUGUGGAAAUUUUUGAAGUAUUUCAAAUAAAAUAG